AUGCGCCGCCCGAGCGCCAGACGCGGAGCUGGGAAAAGAGAGGCAGCGGAGGCGGCGGCAGAACCAGAACCGCAGCCGCCGCACGCAGAGGCAGACCGACCGGCUGGCGGGGCUGAGCCACGCAGAACCCGCGCAGCGAGCUCUGCCUCCACCCGAGCCCGGUCCCAGGGAGCCAGGGGUGCGAAAGCCGAUCUUGCAGCUCCCCUCGGCCUCCGACGGGGGCCGGCCCUUUUGAAGGCGCAUUCUUCCACAGCAGGACCAGGCGGCCCACCAUGACCGAAAACUCCACGUCGGCCCCUGCGGCCAAGCCCAAGCGGGCCAAGGCUUCCAAGAAGUCCACGGACCACCCCAAGUACUCGGACAUGAUCGUGGCCGCCAUCCAGGCGGAGAAGAACCGCGCCGGCUCCUCGCGCCAGUCCAUCCAGAAGUACAUCAAGAGCCACUACAAGGUGGGCGAGAACGCCGACUCGCAGAUCAAGUUGUCCAUCAAGCGCCUGGUGACCACCGGGGUCCUCAAGCAGACCAAGGGAGUGGGCGCCUCGGGCUCCUUCCGGCUGGCCAAGAGCGACGAGCCUAAGAGGUCGGUGGCCUUCAAGAAGACGAAGAAGGAAGUCAAGAAGGUGGCCACGCCAAAGAAGACCGCCAAGCCCAAGAAGGCGGCCUCCAAAGCCCCCAGCAAGAAGCCCAAAGCCGCCCCGGUCAAGAAGGCCAAGAAGAAGGCGGCUGCCACGCCCAAGAAAACCAAAAAACCCAAGACUGUCAAAGCCAAGCCCGUCAAGGCAUCCAAGCCUAAGAAGGCCAAACCGGUGAAGCCCAAAGCCAAGUCCAGUGCCAAGCGGGCCGGCAAGAAGAAGUGACAAGGGAGCUUUUCUUGUGGACACUCCUGCCUGUCUCCUAUUUUCUGUAAAUACUUUUCUCCUUUCUUCUCUCUUACUCCUCAUCUGCAGCCCCCUUGCCCCUUUCUAUUCUGACUUGAUGUGAGACAGAAUUUGGAUUCCUUAGAAAUUAGGGAAUAGUUCAUUUUUCCUUAACCAGUCGUGCAAGGACAGCAAAAGAAAAAAAAAAAAACUAUCUCAUCUCCGUAAUGAUGAGAAUGUACUUAUAUUUUGUUCUGUUAAUUUGUUAUUAAUCUACUUAGGGUUCGGGGUGGGUUUGUGUGUUUUGUUUAGGUGGAUGGCUUGUUCGCUAUGAAGGUAAAUGGAGGAUGGGGGGGCGGGGAUUGUUUGGGCUAGUUGAGAGGGAGCCCAGGAAUUGUAAGAUUUGUAGGAAUAUCUUUGAGACAAGUGAGUUUUCCUUUAAGUUGAGCAGCCCUUGGGAGUUUCAGGACCUUGUUGGGGAGGAGAGGGGUGGCAGCCGCUGGACACCAAGUUAGGGCGGUGGAGUAAGCCCUCUCGGGGCCAGACUUCACCUCCCAGUGGUGAGCCGUCGGGGGUCCAAGUCCAGUUUCCUCCUCACUUCUGCGAGUCUGUCCCGUGGCUUCCUAUUGUCCUAAAGGGGGGAGGGGGGUGACAGCUGGUCUGAGGAGCUGUGGCUUCUCUCAGCUGGAAACUAGCCAUUGGGGGGG